AAAAAAAAAAGAUGCUCGGCCAUGUAGCAUGAAUACCAUCUGUGCAAAGAGCUGUUUCCCCUUGAUUUCGCAACAGCACAGCUCUCGAAACCUUGGACGGCUUCGUGCGUCGAAUCCUCAAUCACAAGUGUUGAGAUUCCACUUCUUUUCGCUUGACCACCAUCAUGCGGUAUAUACGAUUUUUAAAGCCUCCAAAGGUACACGGGAGCCAGAUAAAAACACUUAUCACGGUGACCUCGGACCUUGGAGAGAGCUUUCUUCCAGAAGCCGUUCAGCUAUCAGCAUCACUCCGUUCCGCUGUUCAGCAUGACACUCUCUACCUUCGUAAAAAGCUCCAAUGGGAAGCUAGCAUGAGGUCGAUUCCACUGACGUUUGACUUUGACAAGUCCGACAUUGUUUGGCCCGUGAAGAUACAUGUGACAACACGGGAUGCUGAGUUGACCGACCACUUCGAGAGAGGCCAAAACGGACUCAGCCUUCCUCCUAUCAUCUCAGCAUGGAGUGACAUCCUCGAUCUCCAGAUUGGUAUAAACGAAGCGGCAAGAAUGGUAGAGCGAAGAUUCCAGCCUCUUAGCGAUCGCCCGCUUUGUAUAUGGGAAGAGACUGGUGAGUCGAUUGCUAGACAUAUAUGGGAUGCUGGUAUAGCCCUUUCAGCCUACGUGGAAGGGAUGGUUGCGCUCCAACCGGAACCGCUCUCGCCAGCAGACCAGAUCACCUACUCUUCCUCGUCCAAUACCAUCAACAUCAUCGAGCUCGGCGCCGGCUGCGGCAUCGUUGGCAUCAGCCUUGCCCAAUCCAUUCCAAACUGCAACGUUUUGCUCACGGAUCUGCCCGAGGCGCGCGAAAUCGCGGAGCGAAACGUGUCCACCAUGACCCCAGCUGUAGGCUCAUGCGCGAGCUUCCAGGAACUCGACUGGGAGAUUCCCUUGCCCGAAGCGGUUGCUUCGGCAAGGUUUGACUUAGUCUUGGUUGCGGAUUGCACGUACAAUCCCGACAGCGCGCCUGCUUUGGUCCAAACUCUUGUGAAACUGGCCAACACGUCUCAAGAUUGCGUGGUGCUGCUUAGCAUGAAAGUUAGACAUGAAAGCGAACUCGUGUUCUUCGACUUGAUGGAGAAGGCGGGUUUCUUACAGAAGAUGAAGGCCAUGGUGCCGCUGCCUGAGGUGGGCUGCGAUCCAGAUGAUGCUCUUGUGUUUGUCUUUCAUCACCACGCACGGAAUGUGGCCGUGGACAAUGAUCUCCUGUCGCAGCGUAAGAAAUCUGUAUUUCACUUUUUGCCGGUAUAGUAUCCGGAGAUGAUAUAUGACCCAUCAUUUAAUAGAUUCGCCUCAUGAGAGCGCGUCGCUACAAAGCCUCGUCACAUCUACUACACCGUCC